AUGUCUGAGUGGCAGCCUGACCAGGCUGGUCUCGCCGAGGUGCUGCAGCUGCUCGCGUCGAGCCAGUCGGCGUCGAACGAGACGCACCGCGCCAUUCAGCAGCGCCUCGCCUCCUUCAACGCAUGUGUCCCGGACUUCAACAACUACCUUGCGCACAUCUUUGCUCACCGCGCCGACCAGCAAGGCGCUAUGGCCGGGCUGGUGCUCAAGAACAACGUGCGCGAGCGGUGGGACGAGCUGCACCCGCCCGUGCAGGCUUACGUCCAGCAGGCUGUCCUCUCCUGUAUCGGCGCGCCGGAGCCUUUCCUGCGGAUGACAGCAGGCGCGCGGCAGUCCACCUCUUUCUUUUGUUGGGGCC